AUGGCAAAAGCAGAUAUUUCAAUUUUGGUUUUAAAAGAAAUGAGAGAGGGCGUUUCAGUAUCGCAAUUGGCAAGAAAAUAUAAAAUCAAUGAAACUACCAUUCGAAGGUGGAAUAAAAAACCAAUGGAUAUUGAUUCAAUUAAAGAAAGGGCAAAAAAACAGGGUAGAAAAAAGAAAAUAGAUGAUAGAUCCGAGCAAGAGAUCAUCCAAUGGAUAAGAAAUGGUGAUCACCAAAUGGUUUUUAAAAAAAAUAAAGCAAAUAAUAAUAAUAGUGAUAACAAUAGUAAUAGUAAUGAUAAUAAUAGCAGUGAUGAUUUUAAUAAUGACGAAGAGGUAGAAAAUAAUGUUGAAAAUGUAAAUAUAGAAAGCCAACAACAUGAAGAUACUACUCAAGAAGAAAAUGUAAAUAAUAAUGUAAAUAAUAAUAAUGAUGGUGAUAGUGGCGAAAAUAAUUAUAAUAAUAGUAAUAGUUUAAAUAAUAAUUUAAAUAAUAAUAAUGACAAUGAUAGUUGUAAUAAUAAUAAUAAUAAUAGUAAUAAUAAUAAUGAUAGUGAUAAUAGCAAUGAUAGUUUUAAUAAUAAAGAAAAUCAAGAAAAUUUAAAUAUUAAUCAAGAAAAUGAAAAUGAAAAUGAUGAGAUUAUUGGUUAUACUGAUGAAGAUAAUAGCAACAACAAUUAUAAUGAAGAGGAGGAAGAGGAUGCUGGUGACGAAAACAAUGAAACAAAAAAUGGUAUUAGCUUUAAAAAAGAGAAUUAUGAAUAUUAUAUAGUAGAAUCAACCUUAAAUAACUCAACCCCACUUACAUUUGAGCUUAUUCAAAGAUAUAUUUCAAUAAAGCAUAAAAUGGAAACAACUUAUCAUUAUAUUUCGCAAUUAUUAAAAAGAUAUCGUGUAAAGGUAAUCAAAAGAAGAAAGUUAUUACAAUCUUUAAAACAAACCUCAUCACCCAACACACCAAAUAUAUCUGAAAAAGCAAAUAUAGAUUUAACAACAAAGAAACCUGAUCGAAAGAAAAAUGAUUUUUCAAUAUUUAGGGAUUAUUCGUAUCCCAGACUUACAUCAGAUCAAGAGGAUACUCAAUCUACAGAAAAAGGAGGUCAGAAGAAAAAGAGAUCAAGUAAAACCAUUGGAAUUAAUAGCGAUAAAAAUAAGAGACCACGGUCAGAUAGUGAUAGCCAACAACAAAUACAGCUUGAUCAACAUCAACAAUAUCAAGAGGCAGAGCAAGAGUAUUAUGGCGAAGAGGUUGAAUAUUCAGAACAACAUGAAGGAUUUGAUCCAAGUAUUCAUUAUCAUGAUCAUCACCACCACGAAGAUCAUCAUCACGAUCAUAAUCAUGACCACUGCCAUUAUGAAAAUCAACAGCAUUACAUGGAGUUUCAUCAUCACGACGACCAUCAUGGGUUUGCAGUUCAACCAUAUGACCACUAUCAUUAUCAUGGUUCAGGUUCAGGCUCUAGUGUAAAUAGUAACAAUGGUAAUAACAAUAGCAAUGGUGAAUGUGAGCCUGUAUCAUAUCAAGUAGAACCAAGCCAUAUUCACGAACAUCACCAUCAUGAGGAGUACCAACACGAGGUUAUUGUAGAGGGCGAGCAUCACCACACUAUAGAAGUUCACGAUCAUCUCAUAGAGGAGCAAACAGAACAACAAGAGCAGCAUUAUGAAGAGGUCUUGGAUCAUGUAGUUGAACCUUAUCAUAUUCAAACGGAUGAAAUUGAUCCAAUAUUGCACCAUCAACCAAUGGAGCAUGUUGAAGAGCAUAUUGUGGAAAAUGAUUAUUCAAAUAUUCAAAUCCAACUUCAAGUUCCAUUAGACUCACAACAAAUAAUUGAAGACGAUCAAUCACAAAUAAACCAAAUUAUUGUCACACAUCAUAGUGACCAUCAACAGGAAAUGAUUGAAGAGGAUGGUCAUCAUAUUGAAAUGCAUCAAACCAUUUCUCAUCACGAAAUCGAACACAACGAAAAUAAAACACAGAUAAUAAUGGGAGACACAAACCAUAUUGAACACUUGGAAGCAUGCACAGAGCAUCUUCAAGAAAGCAUCAAUUCACAUUCAAUAAUAGAGGGUGAACAAUAA